GCGGCCGCCGCUUCCCGUCUGCCCAAGAUGAACCCGCGGCUGCGGCACUGGAGGGAAGCGGCGUCGGUGCUACUGGCGGCGGGCACGCCGGGGCGGCGAUCGCCCUGUCCGCUCGGGCCCUGUGACUACGAGGUGCUGUUUUUGCAGCGGAGCUCCCGCAGCGGCUUCAUGCCCAACGCGCACGUGUUCCCGGGCGGCCUGGUGGAGGCGGCGGACUUCUCGGCCGAGUGGCUGCGGCUCCUGCCCGCCUCGCCGCGCUGCGGGCUGGGCGCCGUACGGCCGCCGCCUCCGGGCAGUAGCCGCGCCCCGCUCUUCGCCACCGACCGGCAGCAGCUGGGCUCGCCGCUGCCGGGAGAAGUCGCCUUCCGAAUCUGCGCUAUCCGGGAGACCUUCGAGGAGGCGGGAAUACUCCUACUGGCUCCGGGCGGCGGGCCGCGGGAAGGGAACGGCCCGGCCCCGUCGCUGCCCGCUGAGCGAUCGCUGUCCGCCGCCGAGCUGGGCGAGUGGCGACGCCGGGUGCAGGAGGACCCCGCCUGCUUCUUGCAGCUCUGCCGCCACCUGGACUGCGUCCCCGACAUCUGGGCGCUGCAGGAGUGGAGCAACUGGCUCACCCCGGUGGGCAGGGCCGGCCGCGGCGGGCGGCGCUACGACACCGCCUUCUACCUGUGCUGUCUGGAGACGAGGCCGCCGCACACCUCGCAGGACAACCAGGAGAUCGCGGCCUUCCUGUGGGCAUCCCCCCCAGAAGCUAUUGAACGCUUUAAAUCUCAAGAAAUCUGGCUUGCUCCACCUCAGUUCUACGAACUAUGUAGGCUGUGCAACUUCUCCUCACUGAGUGAUUUACACAAGUUCAACACUGAUCGAGCUCUAGAAGGAUGUGAAUGUUGGCUGCCUGUGACAUUAACUGCUGCAGAUGGCUUAAUUCAGCUCUUGCCAGGUGAUGAGUUAUAUCCAGAAGACCCAGAUUAUACAGGUGAAAAGAAAAUAACUUUGUCAACAGAUAAGACGGUUGAAGAUGUCAUGAAAGGGGGUAGCAUAUUUCACAGGAUAGUAAUAAAAAAUACCAACAGUCUUGCUGUCUAUGUUAAUAUUCAAGCAAAAUAUAAACAUAUGAAUCCGUUGAUGAUAAACACUGAUAGUUCAAACUACAAUAGUAGAUUAUAAUGUAUUUGGUUUAAAGCUAGAAUAUGUUCCAUUACAUGCAUAUUCACUGUGUUUCUCAUCGUUCCUAACAGUUUCCAAGUAUUCAGGAGAGUAGACUUAAAUAUUCCUUGCCAAAGCAUUUCAUGUGAUUGUAGGUUUUAGAUUUGUGUAUCUAAUUCUUUGAGUCUUUGAAAUUGCAUAGUUGUGCCAGUUAUAACCUUCAGAAGCUACUGAAAAUUUAACACAAUCACCAAUUGAAUUACCUGGAGAAACUUGAAAGUGAUUUGACACCAAUUAUACUGAGCAGUUACCAACUUAUUCUACUUACAUAUUAGUAGUGGUAUUCCAGCUGGUCUGUUGGGUCACAGAGGUCCUUUUCUCACUGAAAAUUAAAGUAUAUCGUAUGUUCAAAACAAGUGUGUUUUGAGUUGAAGAAUUAUUUUACUAUUCUUCUAACAUAGGUCUAGAAAUGAAUGAAUCUCCUGUUCCAUUCUUAUUGACAUAUUUCAUAUUCUGGAAAAACUGUAUGUGCAUAUAUAUAGAUGUGUUAGCUAAUGUUAAAUUUCUUACUGAGAGGGUGGUGAGGCACUGGCACAGCUGCCAGAGACACUGUGGUUUCCCUGGUGGUGCCCAAGCCUGAGCUGGCGGGGGCAGCCCUGCCCACGACAAGGGGCUGGAACUGGAUGGUCCCUUCCAACCCAAGCCUUUCUAUGAUUCUAUGAAAUAUUUAUUACAAUAAACAAUAUUUAUAUUUGAUAAAAUAGUUUAUGUUAAUUUAUGCAAAACAUCAAAAUUUUCAAAGGUAGAGAUGAUUUAGAUAUAAACUAUCAUCUAUCAGAUUGAGUGCAAACAUUCUUUUUAUUCAUUCUAACCUUUACCUUCAAGUCACUAGUAAUUUUAAAAGAAAAAAUGAAUUUUCAGCUCCAAAAAGCUUUCAAAAACUUCAGUUCAUAAUGUACUGCCUUGAAAACAACUACUUCCACAUUUCAGCGUCCCACAUAAUGCUUCUUAACAUGUCUUUGAGAUUUAAAGACUGCAGAGGAAGGUCAGCUACUCUUUGAUGUUUUAUUUGGGGGCAGGGAGCAGUAAGUGGAGCAUAUGGAGCUAUGAUGCGGUAUCUUCUUCAUCUGGAAGAAGGAUGACUUGUGAUUAGACAGUAAAGCUGUUCUGAAAGCUUUGGUUCAACUUUUGUUCUGUAUUUCAAUUGAAAUAAAAUUUUUUGUAGUAUUUUCUUUCUA